AUGUUGGUCGAUUAUGGCGACUGCUCGGACGCGAAACAGGUAGAGGCACUCUUAUGCGGUUCAAAUACCAAUGAUAUACCACGUAAUACUCCGGGGCCCGUGUGCCGUAUCUGCCUGGAUGGAUUUGCGCGUGAGGGCGUUCCUGAGCGCAUUUUGAGCCCCUGCCGCUGCAAAGGCACGAUGAAAUACGUGCACGAAGACUGCCUCGACCAAUGGCGUGCGUUUUCGUCGCGCCCAAGCUCCGCUAUAGCGUGCGAUCAGUGCGGUGCCGAGUACAAAUUCCGCCCCACGCUCUGGAUGCGCCUCUUGACCUCGCGUGUAUUUAUGUGGAUCACGACCCUACUCCUCUAUGUUGUAGUCAUUAUCACUGUCGGCAUGCUUGGCAGCCAGCUGAUGUCACGGUACCAGCCCGAGCUAUUUGACCAGAUGCAUCCGUUCGUUGUGCAGUCGAUCAAGUUUUACGCUUCGCCAGACGCUGUCCCACAGAAACUGCGCAUGGGCGAAGGAGUGCAUUCCUAUACGCGCAUGGGCAGUUUGCAAGCCUUGUGGGUGUACUUGCUAGGCUCCCUGGACGAAGAUGCGCCCAUGGAAGAGACUGCAGAUCAGUAUUACGACGCACACAUGUACUCGCUCGGCAUCUUUCAGCCUUCUGUGCUUGUGCAGCUCGUUCAGGGCCUGUUGCAGCGUGCAUUGGAGCUUGCAUGCCGCAAAAAAGCAUUGCAGGAUGAUGCACGGUUUCUUCCCCGCUUUGCCUUGCGGCACGCAACUACGGUGCGCCUCAGAGCCAUGGCCGAGCCCGCCGGCAUCGAGUCGCUCGCGCUGGAUAUGGACAUGAAAGACUACAUGGCCUGGUUCGUUUCGCUUGGCCUCACCCUGCUGGGGAUCAGCUCCGUGUUCAAUAUCCUUUUAGCCGUAUCAAUUGUCGGGCCUUUCCGUAUCGGAGCGCCUUUUUCGGUGCUGGGAUUUAGCGAACAUCCUGUGCUGGGCGCGCCGCAGACGCACGCGCGGAUCGUCUGGGAAAGCAUCAACUGGCCUGGCUUUUUGCUUCUUGCGAUUGUUUUGUGGGGCAUUCUCCGCUUCUUUCUUAUUUUGCGCAAUGUCGUCCGGCAGAGUGCGCAUAUUGCCAUGGCGCACAUGCCGACGCUGAUUUUGGACUAUGACGAGCGCACAGAUACGCAAGCGAUUGUGCAUAACGCAAACGAGAUUCCACCCGAUUCACGUAACGUACGGUUUCACGAGGUGGUGAGUGCCGUGAUAUGGCUCACGAAUCUUGCACGGGUUGCUGGAGGGCCUGCUUUUGGAAUGAAUAGCCCACUCCCGUCCUGGCUUCUCACUCGCUUCGGCGCGUGA